CCAUGGGGCUAAGAGUGGCCAGCCUUUUCAUACUCUGGCUGGCUCUUUCCUAUGCUCAUGAAAUCAGAAAAGGAAGAACAAGAAACCACGGCCACUAUGUCUGCAGCACUUGGGGAAACGACCAUUUCAAAACCUUUGACGGAGACAUCUACCAAUUCCCUGGCGUUUGCGAGUAUAAUUUUGUUUCUGACUGCAGCGAUUCUUACGCAGAGUUCUCUGUCCACAUCCAGCGUGCUCUGAACAGCGAUAACCACCCUGAAAUCCAGUAUAUUCUGCUAAAAAUCAAGGAUGUCACGGUGUACCUCAAACCAAAACUGGUUGUGGUGGAUGGGCGAAUUGUGAAGACACCUUACUACAGCUCUGGUCUGCUCAUUGAGAGCAGUGACAUUUACACCAAAAUUUAUGCCAAAUUAGGCAUGGUUCUGAUGUGGAAUCAGCAGGAUGCACUGAUGGUGGAGCUGGACAACAAAUUUAAUAACCUAACCUGUGGCCUCUGUGGGGAUUACAAUGGAAUUCCAAUCUACAAUGAGUUUAUCAAGGGAGAUACAAGCUACAAUUCAAUUACAUAUGGGAAUUUGCAGAAGAUCAGCAAACCCAAUGCCAAAUGUGAAGAUCCAGAUGAAACUCAGGCUCUUCCAAGCUGUAACGAGCAUCGUGACGAGUGUGAGAGGCUGCUGACUUCCUCUGCAUUUGCUGAUUGUCGGUUCCGUCUUAAUUUGGAAACGUACAUCCAAGCCUGCAUGCAGGACAAGUGUGCCUGUAAUGGCGCUGAGGACUCCUUCUGCAUCUGCAGCACCAUCUCUGAGUAUUCUCGCCAGUGUUCGCACGCCGGUGGCCGGCCGGGUGAAUGGAGGACGCAGAGCUUUUGCCCCAAGACCUGUCCUGAUACCAUGGUCUAUAGAGAAAGCAGCUCACCCUGCACAGAUACUUGCUCACACUUGGACAUCAGCAGCCUUUGUGAGGAACACUACAUGGAUGGUUGUUUCUGCCCUGAAGGAACUGUGUAUGAUGAUAUUACUGGAAAAGGCUGUGUACCUGUUAGCCAAUGCUACUGCAAACUCCUUGGAAAGCAGUAUGCACCUGGAGAAAACAUUUCCAAUGAAUGUGAAGAAUGCACCUGUAAUUCAGGCAGAUGGACGUGCAAAGAUUUACCUUGUCCAGGCACAUGUUCAGUGGAAGGAGGUUCCCAUAUUAGGACCUUUGAUGGGAAGAAAUACACCUUCCAUGGAGACUGUUACUAUGUAUUGGCCAAGGAUACUGCAAAUGACAGUUAUGCUCUCCUGGCAGAGCUGACUCCCUGUGGCUCCACAGACAGGCAGACCUGCUUGAAGACUGUUGUGUUGUUAGUGGAUAACAAAAAAAAUGUGGUGGUUUUCAGAUCCGAUGGCAGUGUGCUACUGAAUGAGAUGACAGUGAAUGUGCCUCAUGUGUCAGCCAGCUUCACAAUAUUCCAACCAUCUUCCAACUACCUUAUUGUACAAACACCUUUCGAGCUUCAGGUGCAGAUCCAGCUGCUUCCAGUCAUGCAACUGUUUGUGACUGUGGAUCAAUCAGCUGAAGGAAAAAUUCAAGGUCUUUGUGGAAACUUUAAUGGAAUGGAAGGUGAUGAUUUUAAAUCAACCAGUGGGCUGGUAGAAGCUACAGGAUCUGCCUUUGCGAACACAUGGAAAGCUCAGUCCAUCUGUACAGACCAGGCAGAAAAGCUGGAAGACCCCUGCAGUCUCAGCAUUGAAAGUGCAAAUUAUGCUGAGCAUUGGUGUUCUUUGCUGAAAAACUCAGAAGGUCCUUUUGCAACAUGUCACUUAGUCAUUGAUCCUUCAGAAUACUAUAAGAAAUGUAAAUAUGACACAUGCCUCUGUGAAGAUAAUGAAGAAUGCUUGUGUGCUGCCCUGUCCUCUUAUUCGAGAGCCUGUGCUUUCAAAGGAAUCAUACUGGAAGGCUGGAGAGACAGUGUCUGCAGUAAUGAAGUGUCUGCCUGUCAAGGAAAUCAAGUCUUCCUUUACAACAUUACAAGGUGCCAGCAAACCUGUCGUUCCCUUGCUGAUGGUGAAAAGUAUUGCUUGCAAGACUUUGCUCCUGUGGAUGGCUGUGGCUGCCCAUCUGAUACAUACCUGGAUAAACAGGAUAACUGUGUGCCCGUCUCUGAGUGCCCAUGUUAUUACAAGGGAUCAUACCUGGAACCUGGGGAAUAUUUUACAAAAGAUGGAGACCGCUGUGUUUGCCGAAAUGCAAAGGUCCAGUGUACCUCAGUGAGAGCUAGAAUGAAAAGUGUAGAAGAAUGUUCUUCUAACAAGACUUUCUUUGACUGCGAUGCAUCCUCAAAAUGGACUUCACAAACACCUGUACAACUUAGCUGUCAUACCCCUCAAACAAAUCAUUUCCAGACAGAGUGUGUCUCAGGCUGUGUGUGUCCUGAAGGUCUAUAUGAUGAUGGCAGAGGAGGCUGUGUUGAGGAGGAGGACUGCCCAUGCAUUCAUAACAACGAGUGGUAUUCUUCUGGGCAGAAGAUAACAGUGGACUGCAACACCUGUACCUGCCAAAAAGGGGUUUGGAGCUGCACUGCCAAUGCGUGCUAUGGGACUUGUAUGAUAUAUGGAAGUGGCCAUUAUAUCACUUUUGAUGGAAAAUUCUAUGACUUUGAUGGGAAUUGUGAAUAUGUGGCUAUUCAGGAUUUUUGUGGUGACAAAAAUUCCAGCGGCUCAUUCAGCAUCAUCACAGAGAAUGUCCCUUGUGGAACUACAGGAGUCACCUGCUCAAAAGCUAUCAAAAUGUUUCUAGGGAAAACUGAACUGAAAUUGGAGAACAAAGAGUACAAAGAAAUUCAGCGAGAUGUUGGUGAUGAUGUGCUUUAUUGGAACAGGACAGUAGGCCUCUACCUCGUUAUUGAGGCUAGCAAUGGUGUGAUGCUUAUCUGGGAUAAGAAGACUACUGUUUUCGUCAAGCUGAGCCCCGAUUACAAAGGCAAAGUGUGUGGUCUGUGUGGCAACUUUGAUGACAAGUCGAACAAUGACUUUAUAACAAGGAGCGGACUGCAGGAGACCAAUGCUCUGAAGUUCGGGAAUUCCUGGAAACAGUCUCCCUUGUGCCCAGAUGUCACAGAAGAGAUAAAGCCUUGUGAUUUGAAACCACAUCGGAAGUCCUGGGCAGAGAAAGAAUGCAGCAUCAUCCUGAGCGAAGUCUUCAAAAUUUGUCACUCCAAGGUGGACCCAGUUCCUUUCUAUGAUGCUUGUGUUCAUGAUGCCUGCUCUUGUGACAGCGGUGGAGAUUGUGAGUGCUUCUGUUCUGCAGUUGCUGCUUACGCCCAAGAAUGUACCAAGGUUGAGGCCUGUGUUUUCUGGAGAACUCCUGAUAUAUGCCCAAUAUUUUGUGACUACUACAACCCUCGCGAUGAGUGUGAGUGGCACUAUGAGCCUUGUGGCAGUAACAUCACAACCUGCAGGAUGAUUAAUAAUGUCAGCACCAACUUUACAGUACCAUACCUGGAAGGUUGCUACCCCAGAUGUCCUAAGGACAAGCCUAUUUAUAAUGAAGAGACAAAAGAAUGUGUGCCUGAAGAUCAAUGCUGGUGUUACAUCGAUGGAAUUCAAGUUCCCCCUGGGCAUGAAAUACCCACAGAAGAAAACUGUACAAUAUGUGUCUGUGGCCCCUCAGGAUCCAUACAAUGUAAACCAGUUCCAGGGUGUCCUUGUGUCAUCAAUGGAACGAGUUAUCAAGUGGGUCAGACUGUGGCACAAGUACAGGAUGGUGACAUAUGUAUAACAUACAUUUGUGCAGAAAAUGGUUCUGUGGUUCCAGAUAAAAUCUACCCUUGUCCAACAUCUUCUUCACCUACAGUCCUUUCAACCUCAUUUCCUACCAGUACUCUUACCACCACAGUUACCACUACAAGCCAUCCAGUGACUACAACUCCAUGCUUUGGAUUAAUCUGUGAUUGGACUGAGUGGUUUGAUGUUAGUAAUCCUGAAGAAGAUGGUGGUGACUAUGAAACAUACGAUGAAAUAAGAAAACAUGGAUACAAAAUAUGUGAAGCUCCUGAAAAAAUUGAAUGCAGGGCAGAGGAUAAACCUGAUGUGAGCUUAGAGGAACUUGGUCAGAAAGUGCAGUGUGAUGUUUCGUAUGGACUAAUAUGUAAAAAUGAGGAGCAAGAUGUAACUAUGUGGCAACUUUGCUACAAUUAUGAAAUCAGGGUAAACUGUUGUGAGUGGCAAGAAAUUCCCUGUGAGAUUACACCUACACCUAGUACACCACAAACUGCAACUUCAACCACCACCAAGACAACAGUACCUCUCACCACUACAUCCAGGAUUCCCACAGAAAUUACCACCUCGCCCACACACAUCGCUUCAACCACAAGUGAACUAGUACCAUCAGUCUCCACUCCAGUAAUUUCAACAUCUCCAGUGUGUAUCAAGUCCCACUCAUGCAUCUUGUGCCUUUGUCUGUUUUCUCUGUGCCUGCUGUUUCGAACAGGCCCAGGUUCAUCGACACCGAGCACGGCAUCCCCUUCAACAAAAUCAACAACCACUCCCACUGCAGGACCAGGAGAGACUUCCACCAGCACUGCCAGCACCACGGUGCCCCCCAUCAGCACCACCAGCAGCAGCACCCUGGGGACAUUCUCAACUGUUACUGGAUCACCAACACCCACCCCAACUACUUCAAGCACCUCCACGCCCACACCAACAUUCACCACCACCGUACCACCUCCAGGCCCAGGUUCAUCGACACCGAGCACGGCAUCCCCUUCAACAAAAUCAACAACCACUCCCACUGCAAGACCAGGAGAGACUUCCACCAGCACUGCCAGCACCACGGUGCCCCCCAUCAGCACCACCAGCAGCAGCACUCCAGGGACAACCACAACUGUUCCUGGAUUACCAACAUCCUCUCCAACUCCUGAAGGCUGUGAGUGCAUCUGGACGGACUGGAUUGAUGUGAGUUACCCGGAUAGCUCUGACAGAAACGGUGGUGACUACGAAACGCUGGAGAAUAUUCACAAGGUCAACCCCUCCUGGGUCUGUGCAAAAGUUGAGAAUAUUUCAUGCAGAGCAGAGAAAUUCCCUAACGUUCCCAUUGCAGAUUUAGGGCAGAUCGUGGAAUGCAGUGUUAACACAGGGCUCAUCUGUAACAAUAGAGAUCAGCACAUAGGAGGUAUAAUACCUCAGCCAGUCUGCCUGAAUUACGAGAUUAGUGUGUGCUGCACCCCCGACAAACCAGAGUGUCUUCCACCUCAUACCCCAAGCACGACAACAUCCACAACGAGCAGUGUAAUCUCUUCAACAAUAUCAACAACUGCUUCAACAUCAGUGCCAACAGAGACUCCCAGCACGAUCAGCAGCACCACAGUGCCCCCCAGCAGCACCACCAGCAGCAGCACCCCGGGGACACCACCCAUCUCUACUACUUCAAGCACAUCCACACCCACACCAACAUACACCACCACCGUACCACCUCCAGGCCCAGGUUCAUCGACACCGAGCACGGCAUCCCCUUCAACAAAAUCAACAACCAGUCCCACUGCAGGACCAGGGGAGACUUCCACCAGCACUGCCAGCACCACGGUGCCCCCCAUCAGCACCACCAGCAGCAGCACCCCGGGGACAUUCUCAGCUCUUCCUGGAUCACCAACACCCACCCCAACUACUUCAAGCACAUCCACGCCCACACCAACAUUCACCACCACCGUACCACCUCCAGGCCCAGGUUCAUCGACACCGAGCACGGCAUCCCCUUCAACAAAAUCAACAACCAGUCCCACUGCAGGACCAGGGGAGACUUCCACCAGCACUGCCAGCACCACGGUGCCCCCCAUCAGCACCACCAGCAGCAGCACCCCGGGGACAUUCUCAACUGUUACUGGAUCACCAACACCCAUCUCAACUACUUCAAGCACAUCUGUGCCCACACCAACAUACACCACCACCGUACCACCUCCAGGCCCAGGUUCAUCGACACCGAGCACGGCAUCUCCUUCAACAAAAUCAACAACCAGUCCCACUGCAGGACCAGGGGAGACUUCAAUCAGCACUGCCAGCACCACGGUGCCCCCCAUCAGUACCACCAGCAGCAGCACCCCGGGGACAUUCUCAGCUCUUCCUGGAUCACCAACACCCACCCCAACUCCUGAAGGCCCAGGUUCAUCGACACCAAGCACAGCAUUCCCUUCAACAAAAUCAACAACCACUCCCACUGCAAGACCAGGGGAGACUUCCAUCAGCACUGCCAGCACCACGGUGCCCCCCAUCAGCACCACCAGCAGCAGCACCCCACGGACAACAACUGUUCCUGGCUCAUCAACAACACCCAUCUCAACUACUUCAAGCACAUCUGUGCCAACACCACCAUACACCACCACCCUACCAACUCCAGGCCCAGGUUCAUCGACACCGAGCACGGCAUCCCCUUCAACAAAAUCAACAACCAGUCCCACUGCAGGACCAGGGGAGACCUCCACCAGCACUGCCAGCACCACGGUGCCCCCCAUCAGCACCACCAGCAGCAGCACCCCGGGGACAUUCUCAACUGUUACUGGAUCACCAACACCCAUCUCAACUACUUCAAGCACAUCUGUGCCCACACCAACAUACACCACCACCGUACCACCUCCAGGCCCAGGUUCAUCGACACCGAGCACGGCAUCCCCUUCAACAAAAUCAACAACCACUCCCACUGCAAGACCAGGAGAGACCUCCACCAGCACUGCCAGCACCACGGUGCCCCCCAUCAGCACCACCAGCAGCAGCACCCCACGGACAACAACUGUUCCUGGCUCAUCAACAACACCCAUCUCAACUACUUCAAGGACAUCUGUGCCAACACCAACAUACACCACCACCGUACCACCUCCAGGCCCAGGUUCAUCGACACCGAGCACGGCAUCUCCUUCAACAAAAUCAACAACCAGUCCCACUGCAGGACCAGGGGAGACUUCAAUCAGCACUGCCAGCACCACGGUGCCCCCCAUCAGUACCACCAGCAGCAGCACCCCGGGGACAUUCUCAGCUCUUCCUGGAUCACCAACACCCACCCCAACUCCUGAAGGCCCAGGUUCAUCGACACCAAGCACAGCAUUCCCUUCAACAAAAUCAACAACCACUCCCACUGCAAGACCAGGGGAGACUUCCAUCAGCACUGCCAGCACCACGGUGCCCCCCAUCAGCACCACCAGCAGCAGCACCCCACGGACAACAACUGUUCCUGGCUCAUCAACAACACCCAUCUCAACUACUUCAAGCACAUCUGUGCCAACACCACCAUACACCACCACCCUACCAACUCCAGGCCCAGGUUCAUCGACACCGAGCACGGCAUCCCCUUCAACAAAAUCAACAACCAGUCCCACUGCAGGACCAGGGGAGACCUCCACCAGCACUGCCAGCACCACGGUGCCCCCCAUCAGCACCACCAGCAGCAGCACCCCGGGGACAUUCUCAACUGUUACUGGAUCACCAACACCCAUCUCAACUACUUCAAGCACAUCUGUGCCCACACCAACAUACACCACCACCGUACCACCUCCAGGCCCAGGUUCAUCGACACCGAGCACGGCAUCCCCUUCAACAAAAUCAACAACCACUCCCACUGCAAGACCAGGGGAGACUUCAAUCAGCACUGCCAGCACCACGGUGCCCCCCAUCAGCACCACCAGCAGCAGCACCCCGGGGACAUUCUCAACUGUUCCUGGAUCAUCAACAACCACCUCUCCUCCUAUAAGUAUUGUCACCAGGACCCCUCAACCUCCAACUACAUUACCAUUAGAGGGUACAACACCUCGAUCAGAGACACCGACAAAGACAAGUACUCCAGUUACUCCUUCAGCUACUCCACUGCCAACAACUAGAACAACAGAAAGAGGAAGUACAGUGUUUACCAGAAGCACCACUAUUCAGCAGUCAACAUCCUCGGUGUCAACAAGCCCAGUGACUGUCACCAUCUCUGAAGUCACUGAAACAGGAUCGACCCCCAAAACUACCCCUUCAGGCCCCACACCCUCAAGAUCCACCAGCACCACACCAGUAACAGAAACACCUAGCCAUGAGACCACUACCACCAGGACCGCAAGCCCCCCAACAGGAUCACAUACCGCCCCUGUCAGCACCACAACUUCAGGACCAUCCUCUCUGGGGUCUACUCCUAGCAGUACUGCAUCUCUGUCUUCAGCAUCAACCAGCUCUGUGCCAGUCACCACCUCUGGUACUACUCCAACCAAAACCUUUACCACCACUUCAGGAACCACCUCUAGCAGUUUUACCAUAAGCACUGCAACCACCACCUCCACCACCUUAGAAACUCUUUCACCUGGCUCAACUAGUACAUCUGGGCCAACUGCAACAUCAACUGCAGUCACCACUACAGGAAGUUCUACAUACAGUACCGUUACUCCAGUUAGUGGCUCAAGUUCAACUACAGGUCUAACACCAACUACGCCUAAAAAAAUAUGUUCUAUUUUACCUAAUGAAUCUUAUGAGCAAGGUGAGUCAUGGUGGCUCUGUAACUGCACUAAGGCAAUAUGUAUAGAAGACAAUAUCGUCCAGGUGAUUCCCAUAAUCUGUAAUCCACCUCCUAAACCUACCUGUGCCAAUGGGCUUUCUCCUGUGCCAGUCAUUGAUGAGGAUGGAUGCUGUUGGCAUUGGGAGUGUGAUUGCUACUGCACUGGCUGGGGAGACCCACAUUACAUGACUUUUGAUGGACUGUACUACAGCUACCAAGGGAAUUGUACAUAUGUCCUUGUGGAAGAGAUUAAUAAGAAAGUUGACAACUUUGGUGUCUACAUUGAUAACUACCAUUGUGAUUCACGGGAUGUGGUCUCCUGUCCUCGAACGCUCAUUGUGAGACAUGAAACUCAGGAAGUGAGGAUAGCAACGGUGAAACCAAAUACUGUAGAAGUAGAGGUGACAGUAAACAAUCAGUUAGUGGCUUUGCCUUAUAAAAAGUUUGGCGUGAGCAUCUAUGAGUCAGGAAUAAAUCGUGUUGUGGAAAUUCCUGAGCUAAAAAUGAAUGUGACCUACAAUGGCUUGUCCUUUUCUAUCAGAAUGCCCUACAGCCUGUUUGGCAACAACACUCAGGGACAGUGCGGUACUUGCAAUAACAACACCGCAGAUGACUGCAUGUUGCCGAAUGGAAACAUUGCAGAAAACUGUGAAACCAUGGCAGAUCACUGGCAGGUUGUUGAUCCUUCCAAACCACAGUGCUCUCCAGGCCUAAAUCCUACAAGUUCACCUAGCACAACCCCAGCAGAGCCUUGCAAAGAAUCUUCCAUCUGCGAGCUUCUUUUGGGAAGUGUGUUCAAGCCAUGCCAUGAGUUUGUGCGACCUGAAAAGUACUAUGCAGCCUGCGUUUUUGAUAGUUGUGUACUUCCCAACCUAGACCUGGAAUGCUCAAGUCUGCAGAUCUAUGCUGCCACCUGUGCUGAUCAAGGUGCAUGCAUUGACUGGAGAAGUCACACCAAUGGUGUAUGCUGUAAGUAUGAAUGCCCCUCAGGAAAAGAGUUCAGAGCAUGUGGUCCUAUUAAAGAGCCAACCUGCAAAUCAAGUCACCAAAAUGAAACUUCAACUAAACAAGUGGAAGGCUGUUUCUGUCCCAAUGGAACAAUGCUGUAUGACUCUGGCGUGGAUGUCUGCGUGAAAACCUGUGGCUGUGUUGGAGUGGAUAUGAUCCCAAGAGAGUUUGGGGAAAAGUUUAUAGUAGACUGUCAGGACUGUACUUGCCUGGAAGGGGAAUAUGGCAUUGUAUGCCAGCCUCAUGAAUGUGCUGAACAACAUGUCACUUGUAAUGGAGAAGGCUUCUAUCAGGUCACUGAAGUCAAUCCCGAAGACUCCUGCUGCCCUCUUGUCACCUGCAAAUGCAAUACAAGCCUCUGCACAGCUAAAGCUCCCAAGUGCACACUGGGAUUUGAACUUCAUUCUUAUAUUCCCAGUGGUCAGUGCUGUCCUGUGUACCAAUGUGUUCCCAAGGGGGUCUGUGUUCACGGGAGUGCUGAGUUCUUGCCUAACUCCUCAGUCUUUGUUGAUAAGUGUCAGAAUUGUUUCUGCACAAAUGAAGUUAACGUCAGCACUCAACUGAAUAUCAUCUCAUGUGAACCUCUUCCAUGCAAUACGAACUGUGCACCGGGAUAUGAACUUCAACCAGUGAAAGGUGAAUGUUGUGGAAAAUGUGUGCAGACCAAGUGUAUUAUACAUGCAAACAAUGAUGAACUCAUCUUGAGUCCUGGAGAUUUUAAAAAUGAUCCUAACAACAACUGCACCAUUUAUAGCUGUGUAGAAAUCCACAACCAGCUUAUCUCUUCCACAUCUGAGAUUACCUGUCCAGCAUUUAAUGAGGACAGCUGCAAACCUGGAACUAUUUCAUUCUUACCUAAUGGUUGUUGCAAAACCUGUGCACCUCUGGAUAGCAGUACACCAUGCUCUGUCCGUGAAAGAGAAGACUUUAUUGUCUAUAAUGGCUGCCGUUCCGUGGACAGAGUUGUCAUGACUGAGUGUGAAGGAACAUGUGGAACCGUCUCGCUAUACUCUGCUGAGGCCAAUUCUAUGGAUCACAGCUGUUCCUGCUGCAGAGAAUCAAAGACUACUGAGAAGUACGUGGUACUGAAGUGUCCUGGUGGGCAGUCACUGUCACAUAAGUACAUCUAUGUGGAAAGCUGCAGCUGUCAAGACACUGAAUGCCAGAUCCCACAAUCCAGUGAGUCGCAGAGAAGAAAAUAACAAGGCAAGAUCUCUGAACCGUACCAAGACGGCCAUCAGCUUAACAUCAAAAUGAAGACAGAAAAAAACUAGCAGCAUUUGACUGAAAGGCCUGUGCACCAUUCUUAACUUUCUUGACUACUUUUGAACAUUGCUUUUCCCAGUAAAUGCAUCCUAUUUGUUCUCUGAUUACUUUGAACAGUGCUCUAUUUAUUUGUGACAAAAUAAGAACACAAAUUUGUAUUCUUCCAAGUGCACAGCCUUUUGGAUCCUUUUAUAA